AUGUCGGAGAUAGCACCGAACAAACAACGAGAUGCUGCGCGACCGAAGCCGGACACGAGGGCGCCCCCCGUGUGCCCGACCGACGACGAUGAGACGAUAGCGACGAGGAAGAAGACGCGGACGUUUGAUUAUAUCUGGCGGUCCGGCGUCGCGGGAGGCUUGGCAGGCUGUGCUGCAAAAACGGUCGUCGCACCCCUCGAUCGAGUCAAGAUCCUCUUCCAGGCGAGCAACCCUCAGUUCGCAAAAUACACGGGCUCAUGGUUCGGUGUUGUGACGGCAAUGAAAGAUAUCCGUUCUCACGAAGGCGUCACCGGGCUGUUUAGAGGACAUUCGGCGACGCUGAUUCGAAUCUUCCCUUACGCCGGCAUCAAGUUCCUUGCUUAUGAACAAAUCCGCUCCCUCGUUAUUCGCCGGAAAGACCAAGAGACGCCUUGGCGCCGGCUCAUCAGCGGCUCCAUGGCGGGCGUUACUUCUGUCUUCUUCACAUACCCUCUAGAGGUCAUUCGCGUCCGUUUGGCUUUCGAGACAAAACACGGGGGCUCCUCGUUAGCCGCGAUUUGCCGCCGGAUUUACAACGAGCGUUUUGUGCGGACCUCCCCGGCUGCACAAGCGGCCAGUACCUCGGCAACCGAGGCGACGGCCACCUCCGCAGUCGCCGCAAUCGCCCCGCGUUCGGGACUCAUCAAUUUUUACAGAGGCUUCACGCCGACUUUGCUGGGCAUGCUUCCUUACGCCGGCAUGUCCUUCCUCACGCACGAUACGGCAGGCGACCUUCUCCGCCAUCCUAGCCUCGCCAAAUACACAACCCUUCCUCAGCCAAAGAACUCACCCGCGGGAAAGGCCGCGCCGCUCCGGUCCUGGGCCGAGCUACUUGCCGGCGGUGUCGCCGGCCUCAUUUCUCAGACGGCGUCGUACCCCUUGGAGGUCAUUCGCCGGCGGAUGCAGGUUGGCGGCGCCGUUGGAGAUGGCCACCGGCUUCGGAUUAGCGAGACGGCGGCCAUGAUUUUCCGAGAGAGGGGAAUGCAGGGGUUCUUUGUGGGCUUGACGAUCGGCUAUGUUAAGGUGGUGCCUAUGGCGGCCGUGGCCUUUUACACGUACGAGCGAGCCAAGACGUGGCUCAAAAUCUAG